AAAAUCUCCCUGGGUGCCCAGGAGACGAUCGACGUUCCAAUCUCCUUUGCGCCCACGGAACUGCGCGAGUAUGACGUUCUGUGUUGUGUGCAAGUGCGCAAAGUCAAUCCUGAGGCAGGUCGAAUAUGGCCUCAUGGAAUGACGGAAAUUGAAUGGGUCACUCCAAUAAAGCGGUUAGAUAGUGGCGUGCAUCGACACACUGCUGUCAAGGUCCUGCGAAACUGUGCCGUCUCUUGCUUUGAAGCACAAUUUCUGGUGUAG